UUCGUCAGCUCCGCACGCACGCGUUUGGCUCGCAUCUUUCAAACGAGUAGUUAUUGUGCAAUAAAAGUUUUAAAACUUUCGAACUUAACAAAAACUUGAUUACGACAUCUAUCUAAGUCAUCUCAUUGCAAUUUUGGAUUUGAUUUUUGUUUAAUACACAAUUUAUGUGUUGAUAAAGUGAAAAACAUACCAUGUAACUUAAUUUUAUAGGGCACAUAAAGUUGAGUGAACUUUCGUACCUUGUUCGUUUGGUAUCCAGAUAAUCCCACAGGUGCCAUUAUAAUGUUUUAAGAAACUUUAUUUGACUAAAAUUCAAAAUGUACUUAAACAUACACAACUUUUUACGCGCUACAAAAGUUUCAUGUAAAUUAAACAACUUUAAAACAGUCACUGGUGUCGUAAUAUUCUAAUGCUAUACUGUGGAGACUUUUAACUUGUUAUGGAAGAAUUGGAGCGGUUGAUCAAAAUGUUUUUCAAUAAAACCUGUGCUGUUUUACUUAUAUUAUUGUGUUCCAUUCAAAAUUCGUCACUAGCUGAACCUGGAAUACAAAUGCAGCCACCGAGAUUCACAAUGCAACCCUCGUCUUCAAACAGUAUAGUAAGAGAAGGCACUACAAAAAUUCUUCAGUGUUCAGCUAUUGGCAUUCCACAGCCAAUGUACAGAUGGCUUAAAAAUGGUGUUCCGAUUGGAGAUUAUUCAUCGGAGUUAUUUUUUAAAAUACACAACACUCAACGCCAGGACGCUGGAGCUUACCAGUGUAUCGCUAAGAACGACGUCGGAGCGAUUUUCAGUGAAAAGAACAACAUUGUUGUCGCUUAUAUGGGUGUUUUUGAGAACACUUUGGAACAAGUGGUAACAGUUGAGUCAGGUAAGGCUGCGAUUCUCGACUUCCCACACAUCGAAUCAGAUCCACCUCCAUCAGUUAUAUGGCAGGACGAGAACGGCGUGAACGGCGUGCUGAGAUACGAUCAGAAAUAUGCUAUCACGGAUAAACAUCAACUCGUCAUUCUAUGCUCUUCAAAGGACGACCAAAGAGCUUAUAGAGCAAGAGCGAUUAACACACAGUUAGGUAAGGUAGAAAAUAGUCCGUACAUUAGGCUGAUAGUCGAUGGAGACGACAAUAAGGAAAUAGCCCCAGAAAUAAUAAUUAAACCGCAAGACACUAAGAUAAUUAAGGGUCAAGAAUAUACAAACGUUUAUUGUAUAGCGAAUGCGCGGCCGUUGCACGAAUUAGAAACAUUAUGGUUCAAAGACGGCGUAUUGAUCGAUUUGGCGGGCAUUACAUACGACCUGAAUGAUCAAUGGAACCGAACGUUGAGUCUCAUAUCGGCCAAUUUGAACCACACUGGACAGUACACGUGUCAAGCUAGGUUAAAGUCCGGCGGAUUCGCGACAGUAACCGCAUCAGCUACGGUCACAGUCUUCGAAAAACCGGUUAUGCCGACCAGCUUGAAACCGGAGACUUUCGGAGAGUUCGGGAGCUCCGUUGUGUUAGAGUGCAACGUUCAAGGCAUUCCAAUCCCGAGUAUAACCUGGUACAAAGACGCUAGGAAAAUUGCUAGCGUCGGCGCCGAUGCUGCGAGCGAUAACUCCGAUGUAGACGACGGCGGAGGCAGAUACAGGGUGGAUGUAGAUCGAUCGCUGGUCAUCAGUCACCUGAAGAUGGAAGACAUGGGCAUAUAUCAAUGUAUAGCUAACAAUGCAGCCGGCGAGUCAUCAAUCUACUCCUGGUUGAAAAUAAAGACGUCCCCGCCAAUAAUGCAGACAGGCCCCGCAAACCUCACAGUACUGGACGGUAAAGAUGCCACCAUUAGCUGCAGGGCCAUCGGCGCCCCCACCCCCAACGUAACCUGGUACUUCAAUGAUUCUCUCAUAAUAAAUCUGUCUGGAAGACUGCAAGCUUUAGACGAGGGAGACUUGCUAAUUACGAGCGUUGCCACAGCGGAUAGCGGGAAAUAUACUUGCAUACGUGCGAAUGACGCCGGCAACGUUUCAGGCGAGGCGUAUCUUACAGUGCUCGUGAGAACACAAAUUAUCGCUCCGCCUGUGGACACGCGCGUUCUUUUAGGGCACACUGCCACGCUGCAAUGCAAGGUGUCCAGCGAUCCGAACGUGAAGUACAACAUCGACUGGUUCCACAACAAACAACCUAUGACAGCCGGUUCCCGUGUGUGGGUGUCCGUGGACGGGUCGCUGCAGGUGCAGGCGGUGCGGGCGGGGGACGCGGGGGAGUACACGUGCGUGGUGACGUCACCGGGUGGCAACCACACUCGGCGCGCGACCCUCUCCGUCAUCGAGCUUCCCUUCUCACCGUCCAACGUCCGGGCGGACCGGCUCGCGAGUCCCCAGCGAGCUGUCAACGUGUCAUGGACGCCCGGCUUCGACGGAAACUCACCCAUACAGAAGUUCAUCGUGCAGAGACGCGUCGUACCCGAAUUUGGUCCCAUCCCCGAUCCUCUCCUGAACUGGGUGACGGAACCAAUGAAUGUAUCGGCGAAUCAACGCUGGGUGUUAUUGACCAGUCUGAAGGCGGCCACUUCCUACCAGUUCAGAGUGUCGGCGGUAAACACAGUGGGCGAGGGUCCACCUUCCGAUCCCACGGAUGUGCUAACACUACCCCAAGAAGCUCCUUCUGGACCGCCGUUAGGAUUCAUGGGUUCAGCUAGAUCUUCAUCCGAAAUUAUAACACAAUGGCAGCCACCGCUAGAAGAACAUAGGAACGGUCACAUACUGGGCUACGUGAUAAGAUAUCGACUGAAAGGCUACGAGAACAGUCCGUGGACCUACCAAAAUAUAACAAAUGAAGCCCAAAGAAACUAUCUCAUACAAGAUCUGAUAACGUGGAAAGAUUACAACGUACAGAUAGCGGCGUACAACGACAAAGGUGUCGGCAUGUUCUCCGACAGUUACACCAUCAAGACCAAAGAGGGCGUGCCUGAGGCGCCGCCGGACAGCGUCCGAUGUGACCCGUACAACUCAACCGCCAUACAAGUAUGGUGGACGCCGCCCAACCCGCAAAAGAUUAACGGAAUCAAUCAAGGCUACAAGAUCCAAGCAUGGCUUUGGGAUGACUCACAGAACGACAGCGUCGAACAGAAGCUGGUUAGCGUACCGCCCAAUCUUUUGGAUCCCCUCACGGAGCAGACGGCUGUCAUUAAUGGAUUAGAAAAAUUCACUGAAUACAAUAUAUCAGUUCUGUGUUUCACGGAACCAGGCGAUGGUCCUCGCAGUGAGUUUAUCAGCGUCAGGACGAAGGAAGAUAUUCCGGAUGAAGUAAUGAAUCUUCAAUUCGAUGACAUAUCAGACAGAGCAGUGAGAGUGUCCUGGUCCCCGCCGAAGAAGUCCAACGGCGUCCUAAUCGGAUAUAAACUUAAAUAUCAGAUUAAAGAGAACCCUGAAACUUUUAAGGAAGAAAUAUUACCGCCCAACGUGACUAGCGUCAGAGUGGAACAUUUGCAGGCUAGUACACAGUACCAGUUCUGGGUGAGCGCUCUGACCGGGGUGGGCGAGGGCGGGGCGCGGGCAGCGGCGCUGCAGUCCGGUGUGGAGCCCGUGCUGCCGCGAGCACCCACCAACCUCGCCCUCUCCAACAUAGAGGCGCACUCAGUUCUGCUGCAGUUCACGCCCGCCUUCGAUGGAAACUCGUCAAUAUCACUGUGGACCGUUCAGGCACAAACCGCCCGCAACUCGUCCUGGGUGACAAUAUAUGAAGUUAACGCUCCCGAUGCUCAGUCGAUCCUGGUAACCGGGCUGAUACCUUUCACCACCUACAGACUGCGACUCAUCGCUACUAACAUAGUCGGCUCCUCCCCACCUUCAGAACCCUGCAAAGAGUUCCAAACCAUACAAGCACCCCCACAGCAUCCGCCGAGAAACGUUACCGUUAGAGCUGUCAGCGCUAAUAAUUUACGCGUUAGAUGGAUUCCUCUCCAACAAAGUGAAUGGUAUGGCAACCCCAAAGGUUAUAACAUCACAUACAAACGCAGCGGCAGUAAUGAUACUCUAUAUAGUAUUAUAGACGAUCACACGGCCAACUCACACGUAUUAUCAAAUCUCGAGGAGUGGUCCGUGUACGAAAUUACUAUGACGGCUAUUAAUGAAGUUGGCACUUCUGCUGUCAGUCCUACGGCCACUGAAAGAACUAGAGAAGCAGUGCCAUCUAGCGGUCCAAUAAACGUAUCUGCUAAUGCGACGUCAUCCACCACCGUAGUGGUGGUGUGGGGUGAUAUACCCUUACAAGAUCAAAACGGUCUCAUCGAGGGAUACAAGGUGUGCUACGCCGCGGUCGUGCCACCGCCGCGACCAGAACACAAGAAAGUUGAAUGCCAUCCGAUACCAUCCAAUCAGACACACACUGUGACGCUGACGGAACUAAGGAAAUACGUGGUGUAUCAAGUACAAGUGUUGGGGUACACGAGGCUAGGAGAUGGCGCGCUCAGCGACCCUCCAGUUACUGUCAGAACCUAUGAAGACACUCCCGGUCCACCAUCGAACGUAUCGUUCCCUGACGUGACGUUCACGACCGCUCGCAUCAUCUGGGACGUACCUGAGGAUCCCAACGGGGAGAUCUUAGCCUACAAAGUCACAUAUCAUCUGAACGGCUCAACGCUUCACAUGUUCUCCAAAGAGUUUUUACCAUCCGACAGAACUUUUAGGGCGACCGAGCUGGCCUCAGAGCAGUACUACGUGUUCUCGGUGAGAGCUCAGACGCGUGUGGGGUGGGGAGGCACGCUUCGGGCGUUAGUGUUGACGACGGCCAAUCGUGCCGCGCCCGCGCCGCCCGUCACGCCCAACGUGGCGCGAUCACUGCUACAGCCGCAUCACAUCACCUUCUCGUGGACGCCCGGCGACGAUGGAUACGCUCCACUAAGAUAUUACACGAUACAACAGAAAGAGGAGGGCAGCACGUGGCAGACUCUCCCUGAACGCGUGGAUCCGUUCGCUACCUCGUACACUGUGGAUGGACUGAAACCGUACACCGCCUACCAGUUCAGGAUACGAGCCACCAACGACAUCGGACCCAGUAGAUAUAGUAAUGCUACAGAAACCGUUAGGACCUUGCCGGCUGCCCCAAGCAAAGCAGUUGAAAAGUUGGUAGUAGUUCCCAUAACCCCGAGCAGCGUCCGAGUACAGUGGCGGGCGCUCGGCGAACAACACUGGAGCGGGGACACGCGCACCGGGGGCUACUCAGUGUCGUAUCAGCCGCUUACUGACUUCACCUCUCUUCAACGCGCUAUGAAGAGAGAAGUCCCCGGGAUCAAGUCAGAAGAGGUGAUUCUCACGGAUCUAGCGGUGGAUCGUAACUACGAGAUCAGCGUUUGUGCGGUGAACUCUCAGGGCGCGGGACCGGUGGGCGCUCCGGCCGUGGUGUGGGUGGGGGAGGCAGUACCUACGGCGCCUCCCCAACAAGUGGAGGCCAGGGCUCUCUCCCCCACAGAAGUAGCGCUCACUUGGCAUCCACCGCUGCAGGCCCAACAGAACGGAGACCUGCUCGGUUAUAAGAUCUUCUACCUAAUGACGGAAUCUCCCGAGGAACCUGAACCAGGACGUCGUGCUGAGGAAGAAAUUGAAGUAGUUCCUGCCACAGCUACGUCACACUCGCUGGUGUUCCUCGACAAGUUCACACAAUACCGAAUACAGGUUCUAGCGUUUAAUCCAGCGGGUGACGGUCCUCGGUCGACUGCCAUACAAGUGCGGACACACCAGGGCCUCCCUUCAGCUCCUCGUAACAUAACAUUCACAGACAUCACAAUGAACAGCCUCGUAGUGUCCUGGGAGCCGCCGCAGAGACGAAACGGACUCAUACACUCGUACCUCGUCACUUACGAGACCAUAGAGCAGGAUGAGCGUUUUAGCAAGCAGGUGAAGCAGAAGGUUAACGAGCGACGGCUGGCGGUGGGGACUCUGGAAGAGGAGGUGGAAUAUCGGUUCAGUGUGAAGGCGGUGACUGUUGGAUCCGGGGCUGCGGCGGAGGCGCGUGUCCGGACUGGACCGCAGCCCGGCUCGCCCUCACCACCCGCGGCCCUGCGACUGAGGGCCGAUGUAGCCGCUCUUACUAUGAAGUGGACCAAUGGAGCCUCAGGGCGAGGGCCGCUGCUGGGAUACUACUUCGAAGCCAGAAAGAAAGCUAAGGAAACAUGGCAAGCAUACGACACCAGAUGGGAGACUAUAACGAGAACGAGUAACGGUAUUCUUGAAGAGUUCACGAUCUCAUAUCAGAGUCUGCUUCCUUCCACCGCGUACUCGUUCAGGGUGAUCGCAUACAACAUGUACGGGAUCAGCAACCCGGCGUACAGCGACAAGGUCAUCGUGACACCGUCCAAGUUGUAUCUAGAGUACGGGUACUUACAGUACCGGCCGUUCUAUAGACGCACCUGGUUCAUGGUCGCCUUAGCCGCGGCCUCCAUUAUCAUCAUCAUCAUGGUGAUAGCGAUACUAUGCGUCAAAAGCAAAAGUUACAAAUAUAAAAAGGAAGCACAGAAGACGUUAGAGGAAUCACUCGCCGGGGAGACGGACGAGCGCGGCUCGCUGGCGUUGGACAUGUACCGAUCGCGGCAGAAUUCCGUAGCGAGUGUGGGAGCACUUGGAGGGACGCUGCGCCGCAAGCCGGUCCACGGACCAGCGCUGGGCAAGUCUCCGCCGCGGCCAUCCCCCGCCUCCGUCAACUACCGCAGCGACGAGGAAAGCCUCCGCGCCUUCGACGACCACCCCGACGACUCGUCCCUCACCGAGAAGCCCUCCGAGAUGAGCUCCUCGGACUCCCAGAACUCUGAGAGCGACAACGAGAGCGUUCGAUCCGCCCAUUCGUUCGUGAAUCACUACGCAAACGUGAACGACACGCUGCGUCAGUCCUGGAAGAGACAGCGGCCGGUGAGGAACUACUCCAGCUACACGGACUCGGAGCCCGAGGGCAGCGCGGUCGUCAGUCUGAACGGCGGCCAGAUAGUUAUGAACAACAUGGCGCGCUCCAGGGCUCCGCUGCCGGGAUUCUCGUCGUUCGUAUGACAGGAACCGAUCGACGCAGCGCCCUCUACCGCUGUGCACAUAUAACAUACAGUACACUGCCCGCUCACUCCCAAUGAAUUGUGUAAAUAUCGUAAGUCGAGUCUUAAAUACCGAGCUGACCUCCAGGACGUACUCCGGUCGUCCGAUGGUUCACAUUCGAAAUUCGAAUAUUGUAUGGACAUAAUAUUUUAUACAAUGUAUAAAAAUAUAUUUUAAAUUAAAAAGUUUUAUAGUGUUAAUGAAUAAUGAGAUGUAGUCUAUAAGGAUCGUGUAUGAUUGCUUUAACUAGAAGAUCUCGCUGGAUCGUAAUAAUGAUAUAUAUAUAAUAAAUUGCGUUUUAUAUGACGACGGCUCUGCGAGUUUAAAUGUUGAAAUAUUGACUACUUAAAUUGUUACUGAGUAAUAUUACUAUUAUUAUUCAUAUCAUGAGAUAACUUGAGAAGUAAUAGCUGAAUAUAAUUGUUAGUUGUUUAAAAGCAAUAAAAACUAGCUAUAAUUUUUUACUGUUGUAUGUUAUCGAUUGUAGCAAUCAUUCCAAUUUAGGCGUUUGACUUAUAAAGAGAAGAUAUUUAUUGUGUUUGUGGAUAGGACUUUAAGAAACAUUCUGGCAGAGAUGUACUUAAUUCCCAAUUCAGUGCGUGGAAUACAAUAAGACUACGUAUUUGUCACACGAAGGAAACAUUGGUUUUGUAUAAUAACCUAUCCGGAAUUUUCAUCACAAAGUUGACAGACAUGUGCUUUAUUUUAGAUUUUAUCAUUUGUCGAUAAGAGUGUUCACUGUUUCAACUAGUACAUAGCUUCAUUAUUGAGGUAUUUUUUAUUUAAGUAUACUGAUAUUGAGAAAUAUUUAAAUGAUUUCUGUGAUCCUGACUUACAAUAGAAAUUUUUCUGGACAUGAUGUCUUUCCAUCUCACGGUGAAUCUUGUGUUCAAAUAUAUUUUGCUUGUUAGUUUCUGUGAUUGUACACAAUGAACCGAAAAUAAAACUUUAAAACAUUGCAUCUUAUGCAGAAAGUAAGAAACCUUUGAGUGAACUUAGAUUUUUAUCAACAUUAUGAGCAGAGUAAAGUAUUCAUAUUGUCCAUACUUGAGAUUGUUAUAAUGAGUUGAUUUCUUGUUAGUCCUGAUCACAAUCACCCUUGGUGUUUGUUGUAAACUUUUACAGCUACUUUCAGGAGUCCUUUAUUGUUUAAAACUGGUAUAUCACUAUUCAACACUUGUAAUAUUUUGAUAAUUUUUGUCAGUUGUUCCUCUAGAUCCAGGACAGAACAAUCUAUUCUUAUAAAGUAAUUAAAAUUUAUCAGAAAUAAGAUAAAAAUACUUAUUCUUACUUGUAUUUCAGAUACUUUUGUAUAAAUAUGUGACAUCUCUGCAUUCUAGUAACUACAAUUUUGAAAUAACUUAGCUUAAGGGACAUACAUACAUAAAUUUAGAAUAACUUUUUAAAGCAAAUCAUAUUUAUAUACAUUAACUAAUUACCUUGUCAAAGAAAGCACUUCGAUGUCAAGUGCAAAUAAUUGUAUCCUUAGACUUCGUACAAUUUGUACAACAAUUUAUGAAUUUAAUAUUUGAGCACCCUCGCUUGUUUUGGAAUAGUUUACUAUUAGAGUUGUAUGUUUUAUACAAACGCAACAUUAAUUGCAUUUUUAUCUAUGUAAUAGGAUAAUUAUAUUGCUUACAUUCAUAACAAGCAUAUUGUAUAAUUGAUGCCGAACCGAACGUAAAAUGAGCGUGAGCCACAUAGUCAGAUCAAUUUUGUUCAAACAGUUAUUAGUCUAAUUUCAUAAUAUUUGUGUAAGAACUUGCAAAUGACUGAUAGUUUUAGAUAAUCAUUCAUGAAUUGGUGUAAAUAUUAAUCCUAUGGCACAAUUAUUUUAAAACUGUGAUCUAUAUUUUAUUUUCAAUAAAAUCAUUAAGUUACAUAAUAUAGCAAUAAGUUGGGCAGCUAUGAGUAGAUUUCAAUUGUAUGUUGUGUAGGAAUAUUCCUAACAUUUUAAGCACCAAUGGAUUGUUAAGUAUUUAUCUCAUACGAUAAGACUACAUUUGAAUACCACCAACUGUUGUUAAAAAUUUACAGAACACUGGUGCCAUUUUACUAGCAACCUAAGCUAAUUUUGUAUUAUCCUUGUAUAAAUUAUUUUAUUACACGGUAUUUUUAAUUUUUUUUUCUAAUAUACAAAGAUUAGUAUUCAAUUAAAUUAUGUUAAUUGC